CUAAACCGCAUCACCUGCAUUUCCAGUCACCAGAGCCGCAGGAAACAUCAUCAGACGAGCGAUGGAGCGAGUGGAGAGUCUGGAGAAGAUGAAGCAGAUCUGCAGGAGAAUACAGGACUCUUUCAGAGAGCUGCAGGAAGAUCUGACGCCCUUCAGACCCGAGCGAUGCUACAGGUUGGCCCCCAUGCGUCUCUACUCUCUCUCUAAGACUCAGUUUGUUCUGGUAUUCGUGGUUUUCUUCUUCUGCUUCGGUGUCUCUACACUCAUCGGUGUGUCAGGACCCAGGAUCAUUAGUGAGAAUUAUUACAAAGGUUUGAGUCUCAGCAUCAACGGAUCGAAGAGCGGUCCGUUUGACCUCCGAUCUCCACUGCUGUCCAACUACAACCAGCAGCUGUGGCUGACCUGCAUCAUCCAGCUGGAGCACAGCAGUGAGAUUGCAGAUUUGAGCUGGGAAUGGGGAAUGGAUGUGGAGCUGCAGGGAGUGAUGCAGGACGCCAGCGUGAUGCACAUCAGCAACAACAUUCACAACAAGAACCGGAGCCUGCACUGCACCGCUCAGCAGCAGGCGUGUGAGGAGAUCAUCAUUCUUCAUCUGGGGUAUCUGAACUACACUCAGUACAAGAUCAGCGUCAGCUUCAGGAACCUGCAGGACGACCUGAAGGACAAAAUCAAAAACGUGACUUUUGGAUUUAAGAUGUACAACGCCACGUUCUCUCAGGUGGAGAUCUGGUUCCGCUUCGUGUUCGUGGUGAUGACCUUCAUCGUGACCUGUGUGUUCGCUCACUCCUUACGCAAGUUCUCCAUGAGGGACUGGAGCAUCGAGCAGAAGUGGAUGUCUGUUCUUCUUCCUCUGCUGCUGCUGUACAACGAUCCGUUCUUCCCGCUGUCAUUCCUGGUGAACAGCUGGUUUCCGGGAGCGCUGGACGCGUUCUUCCAGGCUCUGUUCCUGUGUGCGCUGCUGCUCUUCUGGCUGUGUGUGUAUCACAGCAUCCGUGUGCAGGGACAGCGCAGGCUCCUGACCUUCUACCUGCCCAAGCUGCUGGUCGUGGGGCUGCUGUGGCUCUCGGCCGUCACACUGGGAAUCUGGCAAACGGUGAAUGAGCUGCAGGAUCCCACCUAUCAGUACAAAGUAGACAUCCAGAACUUCCAGGGCAUGAAGGUCUUCUUCCUGCUGCUGGUGGCUGUGUAUGUGCUGUAUCUGCUGUUUCUGGUACUGUGUGCUUGCUCUGAGCUCAAGAACGCACCCUACACAGAUCUGCGGCUGAAGUUCCUGACUGCACUGACGCUUCUGGUGCUGGUGAUCAGUGUGGUUAUCCUGUACCUGAGGUUCGGCUCCAAGGCUCUGCAGGACAACUUUGUUUCUGAUCUCUCCACUCACUACCAGAACUCAGCGGAGUUCUUGUCCUUCUACGGUCUGCUGAACUUCUAUCUCUACACGCUAGCGUUCGUCUACUCGCCCUCCAGAAGCGCUCUGUACGACUCGCAGCUGAGGGACAAUCCUGCCUUCUCCAUGCUCAACGACUCGGACGAUGAGGUGAUUUACGGGAGCGAUUAUGAGGAGAUGCCUCUUCAGAACGGCCGUGCCAUCAAAGCCAGCGGCAGACACCAGGAUGAGAGCGAGAGCGACUGAAAGCGGAGUGACUCCGGAUCGCUGGUGUGACACUAACAGUGUGUGAAUAUAUCUGAGCUGAUGUGUUUCUGUCAGCAGUACUCCUGA